GAAAUGUCAAUUUUGACUGUUUCCGCUUUCGCUAUUUCUUUUUCUGUCCUCCGUGGCAUGGCGGACGUCUUUUAACGUGAACGAGUUGCAGUUAUUUUGAAUUUUGCAAGUGCAUUUGCGAUUGAAAAUGAGUUUAUCGGCAUCUCGCCCGCUGGUCAGCGUUUACUCUGACAAAAACGAAGUGGUUAAGGGUAAGAAUGUCUCGUUACCCUACGUGUUCAAGGCACCGAUUCGACCCGAUGUAGUUAGCGAAGUUUCGCAGCUAAUGCGUCGCAAUAGACGUCAGCCGUACGCUGUGAGUGAAGCUGCUGGUCACCAAACCUCAGCAGAAUCUUGGGGUACCGGUCGCGCUGUUGCCCGUAUUCCGCGUGUUCGCGGGGGCGGUACUCAUCGUUCCGGCCAGGGUGCGUUCGGUAACAUGUGUCGCGGUGGUCGUAUGUUUGCUCCGACCAAAACCUGGCGUCGUUGGCACCGCAAGAUUAACAUCAACCUGAAGCGUUACGCUCUGGUAUCGGCAAUCGCUGCUUCUGGUGUACCGGCUUUAGUGCAAUCUAGAGGACACGUCAUCGAUGGUCUUUCGGAAUUGCCGCUAGUUGUCUCGGAUGAUAUCCAAAAGUUCCAGAAGACCAAGCAAGCUGUCGUUUUCUUACGCCGUUCCAAAGUCUGGGCUGAUGUUCAGAAGGUGUACAAAUCGCAGCGUCUCCGUGCCGGCCGCGGUAAAAUGCGUAAUCGUCGCCGCGUUCAACGUCGCGGCCCCUUGAUCAUCUAUUCCAAGGAUGAAGGUCUGCGAAAAGCUUUCCGUAAUAUUCCCGGUGUUGACACCAUGAAAAUUAGCAAGCUUAACUUAUUGAAACUUGCUCCCGGUGGUCACGUUGGACGACUCUGUGUUUGGACCGAAUCGGCAUUUGCUCGUUUGAACGAUAUCUAUGGUACAUGGAAAACCAAGUCUGUUACUAAGAAGGACUACAAUUUGCCUAAUCCAAUUAUGGCAAACACUGACUUGGCCCGUCUUCUUAAGAGCGAUGAAAUUCGAAAGGUUCUUAAGCCUGCCAAGAAGGCGGUUCACCGUCAUGUACGUCGCCUCAAUCCGCUGACCAACACAGCUCAAUUGGUGAAACUGAAUCCCUAUGCAGAGGUCACCAAGCGUCGUGCUCUAUUGGCCUCAAAGAAACGCAAGUACGAACGAAUUAUUGCUUCGUUCAAAGCCAGGAAUAUCAAGAUGCGCAAGAACAACACUGCACUUAAAUUCCUGGCUUCUGAGAAGAACCGCGAGCAGCAGUUAGCCAAGAACGCAGAAGCACGCACUAAGAAGGUUACUGCUAAGAAGGCCGAAACCUUGAAGAAACAUAUUGCUAAGCAUAAGGCAAAGGAAAAUGCUAGAAGGGCACGCAGGGGACUUGCACCACUGAAGGGUAAGAAAUAGACAAGUCGGCAGGAAGACGGUAAUAAUAGGCUGAAUGGAAAUAAGUCUACAACUUUUUUAAUUUCCAAGUUUCCUGUUCAAAUAUAAAUAUUAAAAUAAACGCUUUGGAUUACAUUGCUGUGGAACAUAAA